AUGAUUUAAGUAGAAAAUUAAGAAAUAAAUUAAAUGCCUAAAUGCAAAACUCAUAAGGGACUUCCUUUAUUGUUUUUAAAUACAGAACUUUCAUCUGAAAAAAAAUAAGUAGCUUUAUGUGCGAGAUGCAUGGGAUCUAGUUUUACGAAAGGGAAAGAUUUAUUAUAUUUGGGUGAUAUAUCUGAAUUGAAUGAUUCUGAUGUUUUAAAUAAUUGGCCUGUUUUAGAAGACUAAAACAUAUUAUAAACUUUAAAAGGCAUUCUUGAAUAAAAGGAAGAUUAAGAAGACUAUUUGCUAAUCUUAGAAUAGUUCAUCGAUGACAUGCAAAGUAAAAUAAACUAAAAGCUAAUAAAAAUGAAAAAAGCUGUGAUCAAUUAAUUUUCAGAAAGCUUUAUUUAGAAAUAAAAACUUAUUAACAAAUACAAUGAAAUAUCAUGUAAAUAAGAAUUAAAAAACUCAUUGCAGCUAAUGGUGGAGGAUAAUUAAAAGGGCUUAGAAUAAAUAGAAAACAUCAUCAAAACAUCUUAUGAAACAAAGAGUGAAAACUAAUAAAUUUUAAAAGAUCAUAUCCAAAAGUACUAAGCUAACUAAUAAUUUCUAUAAUUAAAAUUCCCUAAAAUUGUAGAAAAAUAAUUAUUUUAAAAACUUAAGCUAAUAAAAAAGCAUUUGCUUAGCUAAGUAUUAAACCAAAGUAAAGACUCUCUAGAUUUAUUCAAAGACUAUCUUUCUCAAUCUACUUCUACCUUUUAUCAAGAUAUUGAUUAAUUAAAAGAAGUUUAAUUUUCUUAAUUAUCCAAUUAAUAGAUUGAAUUUCUAUUAUAAACUGCAUAGUUUCAUUUAUAAAGAAAUGAGCAAUUAAGUAAAUUAGAUAAAAAUAACUUAAUAAAUUAAAAUUUAGGUAUUGUUAGCGAAAUUGAAAGAAUAAAUAAAGAACUUAAAAAUCUUGUUUCAUAAUUUGAAGCAAAAGAAUAAUAAUAAUUUGAAAAGAUACUUGCUAAGUAAAAAAUAGAAGUAGACGCUUCAUAAAAGUACUCAUUUUUAAAAUCUCUGAAAGAUUAAUACAGCUAAAUAACAUAAAAUAAGGAUGGAAUUUUAAAGAUCAAACAAAAGAAUACAUAGUCUCCAGCGUAAUUUUUUACUAAAAUAGCAAUAGAUGAAUCUAAAAAGUAUACAAUCUAAAUAGAUAUAAAACCCUUUAAAGGUUUAGAAAAUAAUUAUCUAAUAGCAAUUGGAUUUCUUAAAAAACAUAAAUGCCAUGAUGUGUGGCUUGAUGAUGAUAGCUAAUCUAUUUCUAAAUUAUACGUAUCAAAUGAUGAAAAAAAUAAAUUUACUCUAAAUAAAAAAGGCAUGCUCUUUAAUAAUAAUCUUAUUAAUCGUUCUGAAUUGAUGAGAAAACUAGAAAUUUAGUUUUGCUUAAAAGAAAGGUUUUUCUAAAUAGCUGAUUAUCCUGACUAUAAUAACAUCACAUAAGCGAAGGUAGAAGAGAUGGUUAGAUAUAUUGAUGGCUAAGAAUAUCUAUUUACUAUGAAACACUUUUCUGUAAAAUCAAUCAAGGUUUUGAGAUUCACUGAAGGAAUUAUGGACAAAAAUUGA